AUGAGCCUCGGCGAUGCGAAAGAUGCCUCCUGGAUAGCCAACGCCAACUUCCUGGUAACUCUGGCAUUUGGACCAGUGCUUGGGUCUCUGGGAGACCGAUUUGGAAAGAGAUGGAUCAUCAUCGUCGCCGCCAUAUUUGGUGUUGUGGGGUCAUGUAUCUCGGGAUCAGCCCAGAAGACUACGACUAUCAUCGGCGGCAAUGUUCUGACGGGUCUUGCGAAUGCUGGAUGUAUCAUGGGGACCCCCUCCGCCCAAGAAGUCACGCCGAACAGACUCCGCCCGUGGACUAUGGGCUUCGGGCAGUUUCUUGCCAGCGUGGCUGUCAUCGGAGGAACAGUAGGCGCUGGCGCCUUCGUCAAGUUCCAUACUUGGCGAUGGUCAUACUACCUCAACGCGAUAUUCUAUGGGAUCACUUUUCUGCUUGUCACUCUCUUCUACCACCCGCCACCUCCCGGUUUGCGUCGCCAAGGGGCCCGGCUGCAAGAACUCCUUGCGAAAGUCGACUAUAUUGGCAUACUCGUCUUCACUGCCUCCCUUGCAUCCAUUAUAAUUGGUGUGACCUGGGGAGGAACGACGUAUGCCUGGGACUCGCCUCAGGUCCUCGCAACCCUGAUCGCAGGUUGUGGUGGGCUAUGCUUGUUUGGUGCCUACGAAUGGCUGGUCGUAACCGAGGGUAUCCUGGACCACCGGCUCUUCCAGUCCCGCAACUUUGCUAUUUUGAUCUUCGUUUGUGUCAUUGACGGCAUGCUUCUCCUCGGUGUGAACGUUUUGUUCGCACAAGAAAUUCCGACUCUUUUCACGACUGAUCCAGUACGUAUCAGCCUGGUACUAACGCCUUAUCUGGCGACAUCGGCUUUUGGUUGCAUUCCUGCUGGGGCCGUGAUGGCCCGUACCAAGUCAUACAGAACCAUGCUUGUAGCUGCCCUGCUAUGGUGUGCCUUGUUCACUGGCCUCAUGGCAAUGCUUAACCCUUCACGGCUGAGCUGGGCCUACGCCUUCUCGGCAAUGUUUGGAAUCGGCACCGCUGUAACUACAGUCAUCCCCAUCGUAGCGCUUGCCCUUUCAGUGCCCUCCUUUCUCCUAGGAACCGCAGGCACCUUCAGUGUCUCAUGUCGUGCACUGGGAGGAAUCAUCGGCAUCACCAUCUUCACGGCGAUUUAUAACAACAAGAUGGCAGACCGUCUACCGGGAGACGUGGGUGCGGUCUUGGGACGCGCCGGAAAAAUUGACCUUUUGCCGGACACAUUGUCGGCUCUGCAAGCUGGAGAUCCCAGCGCCUUGGAACAUGUACCGGGGCUGUCAGCGUCGCUCAUUCCCAGCAUUCUUGGCGCUCUGACAGACGCAAACGUUUACAGCUGGAAAUACGUGUGGAUCGCCAUUGCUGUGAUCGUCGCUGCGAACGCUGUAGCUGCUUGUUUUCUGGAAAGUGUGUCCGUGAGAAUGAACAACCAUAUCGAGUCAGCUUUGGAGGAGUCGGAGGCCAGAGAAAAGCAGAAGGGAGCGGUCCACUGA